GGGGGAACGAGCAAGGAGAAGCGGAGGACAAGAAUAGAAGAAAAAAACACGGCACGCGCGGUAUGACACAAUUCUGGAUGGAUCACCUACUACAAAUGUACAACAGAGUCAUCGUCACACCAGGGUACCACCUGACGCGCAAUACAAUCCACGCCCGCACGCAUGAUAACGACGUAAUGAGUUCCAAUUGAUACGAUACGAACAGCACACAUCAUACUUCACACAUCACACACACACACAGCCUCGCGAGUCGGUCGACGUUCACCCUGGCUUGGGGCUACUGCAGUGAUUGGCAUGGAUAACUUACCACUUGGCGAGACACAGGCACCCACACACACACACACCUACCUUGCAUCUUUUUUCCUCCUCCUUCUCCCUCUCCUUCCAUUCCAAUGAGCAUCCCGUCAAUCCCAAUCCAACCCACGCCCGUACCCACUCCCUCUCUUCAGGUACAUGUCACACUGACAUGAACAAGCUCAGGGACCUGCCGACACACCGCGAUCCCUUAUCCCUGCCCCACCUUCCCGUCCCCCCUCCCUGGUCCAAGUCUAUCGCGAGGUUGCCAAUCAAAUGCCCAAUGCAGUAUCCCGAACCUGCUCGUUUCGCCGCAGCCGCCCUGCCUCAAUGUCCAACCAAGCCCUGCAUGUGAACAACUACCAUGACUGGCUCGUCGUCGAUCUUUUUAUCUUCUUUCUUCUUUAUUUCCGGAUCCAUAUGAUAGGUGACAAGUAAAGAAAUCGAAGAAAGAAAACUUUCAAAGAGAACACGAUAAUGAAAAGCAGCCCCUUGCAUGGAUAAUAAUUCUAGGAGGUUCUGGGCUGGACCACCUCAUCUCAUGUCCUUAGCUCUUGGUCGUCCUGCAGUGGUGACGACGCCGGGGAUCACCACCAUUGUCUGUGUGCACACAGAACGGACACACUCUUUUUCUCUAUCACUUUCUCCUCCUCUCGCUUUACUACGGUACAUAGUAUUCCUGAACCAUAGUACCACAGGUGUAGUACAAUUAAUAGCGGGUACGUGUUCAAUGCACCCGUGGCGAC